AUGUACAUACCACACCAACAGAUCUCGCAACUCUACACCGAGCUUGUCCGGACAACUCAUCCGCUAUCACCACCGGUCCUCAUCCUAACAGCAUUGACCGUCGAUAGCCUCUGUGCAGCCCGGAUCUUGACAACAUUACUCAAGCGCGACUACAUCACGCACAAGACUCAACCUGUGAGCGGGUACUCGGAUCUCCAGCAGAUCGGCCAUGAUUUGGUAUUACCGUUGAUGCGACAAAGAGGUGGGGAUGGAGGGGUAGUUGUGUGCUUGGGCGUGGGAGGGUUGGUGGAUCUAGAGGAGACACUUGGGCUCGAUGGGAGCAGUCAGACGGUCGAGGGAGGAGAACCAGAGGACAUGCGUGAUCAUGGUGUUGAGGUGUGGUGUAUCGACGCCAGACGACCGUGGAAUCUGCAGAAUCUAUUCGGCUCUGUGCCCUCCCCUGCCGAGCUACCCGGACUGGAUUCAGCAGCAGAAGCACGACGACGCGGCGUAGACCAAGGACGCAUCAUGCCGACGUACAAGUUCGGCAAAGGCGGCGUCAUUGUUUGGGUUGAUGAAGAUGUCGGUACCGACCUUGCCGCUGAACGAGAGGCGUUGGCAGAGCUGCAAAAGAUGCCAGAGAUUGACGAGCAAGACCUUAUACUGGAAGGAGCCGAGAGCGACGAUGAGGGGGAGCCUAGCAGCAGCCAAAGUCGAAAACGAGGCGCGUCCGAAUUGGACGGCGAUGCAGACGACGAUAGCGAAGCAGAGAACCGACCUCGUCAACGGAGGCGUAGCAACAGUAGCACGCCGAUACCUUCCUCACCACACGGAAACCCACAAUCAGCUCAAGUUGCGUUCGACUCAACACCGCCCACAUCGUCCCAGCCGCGGUCGCCGGUUAACAUACCUUCUUCGCCCCCGAAGGCACCUUCCCAGAGACAGCUGAAACGGCAGCUGCUGAAGCUACGACGAAAGCACGAGGCUACGUUGGAAGCUUACUACAACCUUGGCACUUCCUACUCGGAUCCAGUGAGCAGCAUGCUGUACUCGCUCGCUUCUGACCUUGGUCGAGAAGACAACGAUCUGCUAUGGCUAGCCAUUGUUGGUAUAUCGUCGGUCGAGCUCUCGCCAUUUUCUCAACCACUCAAAUGGAGCGAUACGCGACACCGACGGAUGCUAGACCGCACCGAGCAGCGACGAGAAGCCCUGCGAGAUGAAGUGCGCCGACUGAAUCCUGUACCGGACGCCGAGCUACGAAGAAGUCAGAACAAUGGCGAGAGCAUAAUACCCUCCAACGCUCGCAGCUCAUCAGACUUUUCCAUCCGUCUGUCACCCGAACCCAGGUUCUUACUGAUCAGGCACUGGAGCUUGUACGACAGCAUGCGGCACAGUCCUUUCUUGUCAACGCGCCUGCAUAUCUGGAACGAAGCGGGACAAAAACGACUAAACAAGCUGCUGGCCAAGAUGGGUGUCAGCCUGCAAGAAGCGGGCAAGGGCUACCUGCACAUGGACAUGGAGCUCAAGCAGUCGCUGCGGAGACGAAUAUUGAAGUUCGCGGAGCAGUACAAUCUCGAAGGACUGAUACCUGGCGACGAUGGCCGAAGCGGGUACGAGGGAUGGGGCUUCGUGCGAAGCUGGGGCUACAACACUACCUUAUCCGCAGUCGACGUCGCGGUAGUCGUAGGCGCCAUCCUCGAAGUCGGCACCGACCUCACCCACAACAGCCUGGACAUGAGAUACGACCGCCGCGGCCCCGACCCCAAAUACAGCGCCCACAUCCGCGCCUCCGCCCCUACACCCCCCAACUCUGAAGAAGAAUCCUACGACCCUUCCAUCCACCUCCCCAACGCCUCCGAAGCCCCCGACUGGACUACCCACCGCUUCUUCGCCGCCCUCGACGCCCUCAGCCCCACCACCUCCUCUCCAACCCAAGGCCUCAAAGUCCUGCUUGCCCACAUCCCGACUGCGCAGAACUUGCACCGCGCCAUUUUACGCACAGGAUCGAUGCUCAUCGCCAAGAAACGCGUCCGCGCCUUGAAAGAAUUCAAAAUGGGCGUCGUGAACGAAGGCCAAGACGUGCAGCUCUUCACACACCCAGGCGCGCUGACGCAGUUGGCAGCGUGGGUGCAGGAGGCGAUCGCGGUGCAGGAGGCUGAAAGCGGGCGGCAGAUGAAGGAUGCGCGGGAAAAAGCGCUCGUACUCGCUUGUCUCGACGAAGGGAGGAGUGUCUAUGUCGUCGUGGGGUUGGGCCCGGGCGGUGCGGGCGGGAAGAAGAUCCGGUCGAAGGCGGAGAUGAAGGAGCGGGAGGAGAAGAGGAAGAGGAAGGAGGCUGCUAAAAAGGCUCGCAAGGCUGAGAAAGCGCGUAAGAAGGAGGAAGGACGGCGGCUGAGGAGGGAGAUCCAAGAGGCGAACGGUUUGCUCGAUUCGGACGAUGAGGGGAAUGAAUCGGAUGAGACGGAGUCGGACGCUUCGUCCAGCGACGGCUCGGAUUCCGAGUCGGACGAUGAGGUGGCCGAGGCGAGGAAGCAGAGGGGGUAUGGGCUGAAUCGUUUCGGACAGGCUUUUCAGGAGGUGGUGGAGGAGACGGGGGCAAGGGUGCGGAUCGAUUCUUUCGAGCAUUCGGUUGUGGAGGUGAGGAAGGAUGAUUUCCCGGGGUUUUUGGAGACGUUGUCGCAGGUGAGGGUGGUGGGAUGA